GGAGAGGAAAAGGAAAACACACUUUUGCAACAUAUCUGACUGGGUGAGAAGCAACUGCUGCAGCAUAAAGAACUGACGGGAAUCUGGGCUUUCCCACUCUGGCAGCAAAGGGGGGAAUUAUGAGUUGGUGGUCUGCUUCAUGUUAGGAGGACACCCCUCCAUCUGUUCACAGCUCAGCCUGUUUCCAAUUUAAAGCCCAGAUUUCAAUACAAACCUCAAUUUCUUUUCCCCAUUUUAAAUGCAAAGCGAGCCUUAUGAAUCAUAGUGUCUCUGCUCCCGGAAUUCAGACCACAUUUCCCCCCAAAAUUUUCAGGCUGUUUGUUUGAAUACCUGCUUACUGUGGUACACAAUGGGCAGCUUUGAGAAGAAAAAUUGAUAAUCUUCACAGAAGAGUAAUUUGAAUGAAAUUACACUUGACAGCCAGUCUCCAAGCAAACAAGAGGAGCUGGGGAGCCUAGCUAAGCUCUAAGGACUUGCCCAAGCCACUGCUGUUGGAACUUCCCAGGGGAAAAAAAAAUCACCAGUUUUUUCAACAUCUAAUUGAGCUUUGAUUAAUUCUGUGUACCAGAUCCUACUGAAGAAAGGUAGCCAUGGAAGAGAAUAUGGAAGAGGGACAGACACAAAAAGGGUGUUUUGAAUGCUGUAUUAAAUGCCUGGGAGGGAUUCCUUACGCUUCUCUCAUCGCCACCAUCCUGCUCUAUGCGGGUGUUGCCCUGUUCUGUGGCUGUGGUCAUGAAGCACUCUCUGGGACGGUCAACAUUCUACAGACCUACUUCGAAAUGGCAAGAACUGCUGGAGAUACCCUGGACGUUUUCACCAUGAUUGACAUCUUUAAGUAUGUGAUCUACGGCAUUGCAGCUGCAUUCUUUGUGUAUGGCAUUUUGCUGAUGGUGGAAGGUUUCUUCACAACUGGUGCCAUCAAAGAUCUCUAUGGGGAUUUCAAAAUCACCACUUGUGGAAGAUGUGUUAGCGCCUGGUUUAUUCUGCUGACGUACCUCUUCAUGCUGGCCUGGCUGGGAGUCACAGCUUUUACUUCCCUUCCCGUGUACAUGUACUUCAACGUGUGGACCAUCUGCCGGAACACUACCCUGGUGGAGGGGGCCAAUCUCUGCCUGGACCUUCGUCAGUUUGGGAUUGUGACAAUUGGAGAGGAAAAGAAAAUUUGCACUGUCUCUGAGAACUUCCUGAGGAUGUGUGAAUCUACUGAGCUAAACAUGACCUUCCACUUGUUUAUUGUGGCACUUGCUGGAGCUGGAGCAGCAGUUAUUGCUAUGGUCCACUACCUUAUGGUUCUCUCUGCCAACUGGGCCUAUGUGAAAGAUGCCUGCCGGAUGCAGAAAUAUGAAGACAUCAAGUCAAAGGAGGAGCAAGAGCUUCAUGACAUCCAUUCCACUCGCUCCAAAGAGCGGCUCAAUGCAUACACAUAAAUAAAAUAUUCUCUUCUUUCUGCCAUUUGAAUGCAUUGGUGUUUAACUAAGGUCCAUCCAACCAUUCAACCUUUGAAAACAAAAUGAAAGUGCUUCUCAUCAAUGAUAACGUGGGGUGACAUAUGAAUCACCUGAAUACAAUUAUUUGUUCAGCACUUAAUUUCCUAAUUUGUUAAAUUGGUAUCAGAUCUCUUCUACAAGCUCCUAUUCACUCUUUUUAAACAUUUCUCAAACUUAUUUAAUAAUUCUGUAGAUCAAGAUACUAACAUUAUCAAUUGCAGAUUUGUUUGAUUUUUAACCACUUCUCAUGUGUUGCACAUAACACUUUUUGCAUUAUUUCUUAUGUUUUGAAAAGAAAACAGCUUUUUAUACUUUUUAGUUUUGAUUUUGGUAACUAGUUUAACUACAGGUAACCUUCAAAGGGACCACUGUACAUUCAGAACAGACAGAGUUGACAUCACGAUGCCUCCUCUUGAAAUGUGGAAAUCUUGUCUGGAGAUCAGUGGCCACAUACCGCAGGCCCUGGUUAAUGUUUUCAUCAAUCUAAGGUGCAAUUUCUAAAUUUAUAAGAGUAGGUUUUAAAAAGUGCUUCUUAUCUUUGUUAACAUUGUAUUUUUUUCUUGAUGUACUUACAAACAAUUUCUCUCUGAUCACUCAUAUUUCUGUUGUGAGCAUGUAGAAACAGUAAUGCUAAUGCAUGGCUAGUUGCCUUUUUAAGAUUGUGACACCAGGAUUACCUUUUAAAGUGUAGUGUAGA